AUGUCAGGUUGUGGCUGGACAGACCGGUUGCAAGACUGUGCUGCUCACCAAGCGGCCUGCCCGGUGAAACUGACUCUUGACCUGGCUGACGAGCUUGACAAAAAGGCCAAGAAGUUCCAAGAAGAGUCAGAAAAGGCACACGCACUUGCCAUUUGGUUUCAGGAACUAUCUAGGAAGCUGGUGGAGCAGUUGAACUUGUCCACCGCACGGGUAGAUAACCUUGCCAAAGAGAAGGCGGAAUUGAAAGACCAGGUCACCAGCUUGGAACAGAGGCUGGAGGAAGCUACCAAGGUGUUGUUGGAAAGAAUGUCUCGGUGGAGUGCGACGCAGGUCCAAGUGUUCGUCCGAGACCAGAAACAAAACAAGAUGCAUGUGAUGAAUGUCAACAUAGACGAAGACACGGCCGUACUGAAGUGGUACAUUUCAAGACAGACAGGCUGGAGAUCGACUUCUUUCUACCUUUCUUGCCUAGGGCGGAUCAUGCAGCCAGGCAUGACAGGUCGGGACUAUGGCAUUGAUCAGGACACUACUCUCUACAUGAAUGCGUGUCAGUGA